AGGAGUGACUGACAACUCCACUGGCAAGCUAACUUCAACCUAAACGCAAGCGCAUCGUAGCCUGUAGUCUAGUCGUUCAUUCCUCUUAUACUAGGUGCCUUGCCCUCUGAUCUGCGUCCCAUUCCAGCCAGGAUGCAGAUUCUUCGGCUACUAGCGGUUUGUCUAGCCGUUCUAGGAUCGGGGCUGUGCUGCUUAGCUGAUGGCGAGUCGUCACUUCAAGUCGCCACCAGCUCGUUUGGCAUGAGAGAAUUGCUGCAAGAGGGAGACACCAAGACCUUACGGGAGGGCAAGCUUCUGGCGGAGACUCUCGGUGGAGCAGCAGGAGAAGCCACCCAGGCAGCUGGCGCAGGCGAUAAGGCGGCAAUGAACGGGUGGGGUGGAGGGGAGGAGAAGGGAUCAGGAGGGUGGAAGGAUGCCCUGUGGUCGCCGGCCAAGCUGAUGGAUGCUUUUGUUACCAGCUUAUCCAUGAUUCUCGUCAGCGAGAUCGGAGACGAGACGUUUAUCAUCGCAGCGCUCAUGGCCAUGCGCCACCCCCGCAGCAUCGUGCUGGCGGGAGCGCUCUCUGCCCUUGGGAUCAUGACGGUCCUAUCCACGGGUCUGGGUCUCAUAGUGCCGAACCUUAUAUCCAGAAAGGCCACCAACAGCGCUGCCACUGUGCUCUACACCUUCUUCGGCCUGCGUCUGCUGUACAUCGCAUGGAGGGCCGACCCCAAGGAGUCCGCCGCCAAGGAGAUGGAAGAGGUGGAGGAGAAGCUUGAGAGCGAGGAGAACGACAAGGGCAGGCACAGAGGCAUCCGCAAGUUCUUUGCUGGCUUCUGCACGCCUGUGUUCCUGGAGGCGUUCAUCCUCACGUUUCUCGCUGAGUGGGGCGACCGCAGCCAGAUUGCAACCAUUGCUCUGGCAGCACAUAAGAACGCCUUGGGGGUGACGGUGGGGGCGACGCUGGGGCAUGUGGUGUGCACCACCAUCGCAGUGGUGGGCGGCAGACUGCUUGCACUGCGCAUCUCGCAGCGCACUGUAGCCAUGAUGGGAGGGGCACUGUUCCUCAUAUUCGCCGUCCACUCGUUCUACUCCCCUCUAGAGUAACCAUGGAUUUGGCCUCUGACAGCCGGUGUGGCCCCUAAGCUAAGAGUGCUGGAGCUUUAUGCAGGAAUGUUGCCUGUCAGUGGUUCUGGUGCAGCUGUUAGGAUCUCACAGUAGUGCAUGCUUUGUCUGUAUGCUUAAGCUUUGCCUCUUUUGUUUUAUUGUUUACUUUUGGGAUGUGUUCUAGAAGAUAGCUUGCCUUACAUGAAAUGUACUAACCAAUGUACAGUACAGUGC